ACUAAAACACUCCUAAAAUAUUGGUUUCUAAUACACAUGAUGCAUGAAUAUAUGACGAGACUCCUCUAUAAAAAGGUAAUGGCAUGCAAAAGUUCUUAUCAUCUUCUUCAUUAACCAAAAAAAAACAAAAACCCUUCAAAACUUUCUUCAUCCUACAUCUAAAAACAAUGGCAGGAGUUGCCUUUGGUUCCUUUGAUGAUUCCUUCAGCUUGGCUUCUCUAAGAGCUUACCUCGCUGAGUUCAUCUCCACUUUGCUCUUUGUUUUCGCUGGUGUUGGCUCCGCCAUAGCCUAUGCUAAGUUGACGUCUGACGCCGCUCUUGAUACGCCUGGACUUGUUGCCAUUGCGGUGUGCCAUGGAUUUGCCCUCUUCGUGGCGGUUGCAAUCGGAGCCAACAUCUCCGGUGGCCAUGUGAACCCAGCCGUCACUUUUGGUCUUGCUCUCGGUGGUCAAAUCACACUCAUCACCGGAGUUUUCUACUGGAUUGCUCAGCUUCUCGGCUCCACUGCCGCUUGCUUCCUCCUUAAAUUCGUCACCGGUGGCUUGGCGGUUCCAACACACAGCGUUGCGGCUGGAGUAGGAGCGAUAGAAGGAGUAGUGAUGGAGAUCAUCAUCACCUUCGCUUUGGUCUACACCGUCUACGCCACCGCCGCUGAUCCCAAGAAUGGUUCUCUCGGAACCAUCGCUCCUCUCGCCAUCGGCCUCAUCGUCGGUGCCAACAUCCUCGCCGCCGGUCCUUUCUCCGGUGGAUCCAUGAACCCUGCACGUUCCUUUGGACCAGCUGUUGCUGCCGGAGACUUCUCUGGUCACUGGGUCUACUGGGUCGGACCACUCAUCGGUGGUGGACUCGCUGGACUUAUCUACGGCAAUGUCUUCAUGACUUCUUCUGAACAUCAACCUCUUGCUUCUGAUUUCUAAGCAAAGCAAAAUGUGAUGAUCGAUGAUUCUUGAUUCAUGUUUCUUGGUUUCUUUAAUUUGUCCCUCGACCUGUUGCUUCGUUUGGAGUUUGGUUCUGUUUCGUUGUAAUUGUUAUCCAAUUUGCAUGAAUAUCAUUGAAGGAAAGGCUGUUUAAUUUGAUUAUAA